AAAAAAGGGAGGGAAUGAGCUGGAAUGAAAUCUCUUGAAAGCAGGGCCGGAUAUGGUACGCUGAUACUGAUACUGGUACAAGAUACAGAUACCGUAUAUCUAUAUAUCCUGCGAGAGCGCGAAAUGUAGAGAGAGAGAGAAUCGUAUAUGCGUGUACGUAAUUGGUUGGGGACCGCAUCGAAUCGGGUGAAAACCCAACAGGAUCACGAAAAAUCUGUGACGAUUGCCCCCCACUUGGUUCUCUCUCCCUCUCUGAUUCGCCCGAUCAAUAUCUGUAUAUAUAAUACAGCCCCACCCUCCUCCCAAUUGCAUUCGUACAUCUCUUGUUGAUUUUGGGUUUUUUUCUCUUUCGAAGCAUACUUUGUUUGUUUUUGGGUAGCGAUUGAGCAAUAGGAUUAGUACAAACCCACCAUGGAAUUGGAUAUGGAUGCUGCUUCUUUGUCGAAUGGAAUGGGUGUUGAGAAUGAGCUUCAUGUGCUGGCAGUUGAUGAUAGCCUCAUUGAUCGCAGACUGGUCGAAAAAUUACUCAAAAACUCCUCCUUCAAGGUGACAACUGCAGAAAAUGGGUUGAGGGCACUGGAGUUUCUAGGCCUGGGGGAAGAUCAAACGAACAACCUAAAGACCACUGGUUCAAAGGUGAAUUUGAUAAUCACAGAUUAUUGUAUGCCGGGAAUGACAGGGUAUGAUCUACUCAAGAAAAUUAAGGAAUCUAAUGCUCUGAAGGAGGUUCCGGUUGUUAUAGUGUCAUCUGAAAACAUCCCCACGCGUAUUAACAAGUGCUUAGAGGAAGGGGCUCAACAGUUCAUGCUAAAGCCUCUCAAGCAGUCGGACGUCAAGAAGUUGAGAUGCCAAUUGAUGACAUAGAGAAGAAAGCUAAAUGAACAUUCACAUUGAAAGGGCAGGAGAAGCCAGAUUUUUACUGACUAGUUUCAAAAUAUGGUUUUUUUUUCUUUUUUUUCUGGCGACAGUUACUUUUUUUCUACUCAAUGAUGAUGAGUAGUUUCAUACAGUUUGUUCACUGAAAUUUACUUCUGUGGAAACUUGUCCAAUGCCAGCAAAUGUCUACAAAAUUCUUCUUGUUGAAUCAGACAAUAUUCAGUCA